AAGCAAUACAUGUGAAUUUCUCACGGAGGUGCCGGCAACAAGACUGCCGAUCACCAGAGGAAGCGUUGGCAUCAGCCAACAAGGCCGAGCGAAACAAACAGCAGAGAAAUGGUCACAAACAACUCACAAAAAGCCCAGAGAAGCUUCAACUACAGUAGAAGGCAAGAGGUAAUCUUCGAGGAAGGAAGCUGCAAAGAUCAA